UUUGUUUGAGUUUACAGUCAGCUGUUAUUCACGUAACUUUAACUUUUCUCUUGGCUUUUUGGUAGAAAUUCAAUUGCUGUUGCUAUGGUUCGACCAACACUAGUUGCGCUGGCUAAGCGCGUACCGCUCAUACACUUCCGCAAGGGUGGAGCAGGAGUGCCGGGCGCCCAGACAGCAAACCAGAAGGCAAGUUCCCAGGCAGCAGGAGGCAGAAAGUUGGCCGGUGGACCAGCAAUUGAGGACUACGAGCUGCCGGCACGUUUUGCCCGCAAGCCAAUUGAUGCCGAAGAGGCGGCGUACAUCAAUAAUGGGGGUAUUCCAAAGUGAAGGGGCUCCCAAAGUGUGCUGCUCAUAAAAUAUAACACAUGUUAAUGUCACAGCUGUUGUAGACGUCUCGGAUUAUCACACAUGUUUAGCGUAAAUUAUACAAGUUCGAAUUAAAAAGAUUAAAAUAAAUUAAUUGCGGCGCCAGA